UGGUCUGUGAGGUAAGCUAGUGGAUAUGUGAGUUGUAUCUGUUAUUGUUUCAGAUCAGGUCCACGUUACUAUCGAACUUAUUUUACUACUAGGAUUUUUUUUAUACAUACAUGUAUGUGAGAGGAAUCAUUCUUGAUUUUUCCUUGGCUAUCAACCACUACUGUCUCCUGUUGCCAUGGUACCGUUUAUUAGUUUUUGAGAACCUCUAGCUGUCAUCUGUCAGAUUCAUCAGAAUCCUUUACAUUUUAUUGAGCAUCCCAAAAUAUCUUGAGUUAAUGAACUACAAUGCCUGCACAGAGAAAUCUGUAUGAGAAAAUUUAGGGGCAUCUGAACCUAUUGAUGUCAACGGACAACACAGACAUUUAUUUUUCCGACGGGCCAUCAUGCCAUUCCUAAAACCUCCUGUCCCUGUUAUGCGCUUACACGGUGAUCCUGAUUACAAUGGCUUGGAAAAAGCAAUGGAGGAGGCAGAGGUAAGAUGUUGUGGUCUGCCAUAUAGAUUGGAAACCAAACAAACUCAAACAGACUACAGAGAAAGUGAGGCGCAGACUUCUCCUUGGACCCCACCUUGCAGAGUGCAACCGGGAGAGAGCCCUGAGGUACUGACAAUUGCUCACAUGACGUGGGGAUAUGGAUUGCCUGCAGGAAUGCACGAAGUGGAAAUAAUUAAUAGAAUGAGAAUGAAGAGAGCAUGGGAGGCAAUCCUACCUCCGAUGAAUUGUGAGGCUAAUAUCAAAAAAAGAACUGCCAUAAUAGAAGCUCUAGAAAUAAACGAUUGGGCGUUUCGUGAAUCAGAGAUUCAAUUCAUCAUGGAUAUGCGUAUGCAAUUGAUGGAGAAACAUACAAAGGUGAAGGACGAUGCUUAUGCGAAAAAAGUUGCUGAUCGUUAUGAGAGACUAGAAGAUUUUCUUGAUAAACGACGAGAUAACAACGUACGAAAGAUCAGGCAGAGACUCGGCCGUGAGUUAAGAAAAUUAACAGCAAAACAUCGCGUCAGUGAAGACAAAUGGACCAAAAAAUGUGAUGCUGCCAGGGGUCUUGGCGAAUCUGUUUCAAAGCAAAGUGCCAAAAAUUAUCAUGAGAUUAUCAACAAGCGAAUACUGAAUGACAAGAAUGUUCCUGAUUUAGACAAAGGAGAUGCACGCCUUGCACUCCCCACUUAUGCAGAACUGAAGGCAGUAAAGCCUAAGCCAAAAGUGUCUGAACUAUGCCCAAGAGUGACUAGAUGGAACGAAGAAAAAUUGAGAAACCUCCACGCGGAGUUAAGAUCAAUAAGAAUAGAUCAUAAGGCAGAGAAGAAGAUCAGCUUCAUGCAAAAGAGAUACAAAUUUCCUCCUAUGCCUGUUACGCCGAUAGUUUCUGGAACACAAAAUGUUAAUUCCAAAGCCGACCAAGCGGCUAUAUUCAUUCAAAAAUUAGUGACAGGAAGGGCUAUUCAGUGUGUGAUGUUCGAGGGACGCGACAGGUGCAGGGAAUUAAUCGAAGAGCUUCAAUCUACGCAUUAUCUUCAACUGGACACAAAAAUUCUAAGGCAGGCCCAGAAAAAGCAUGUGAUCAAGCUCCAGCGGGAUCAAAAUCAUAGAAUGUUACAGGAAGAUCGUUUGAAUGAAUUAUUGAAUAUACUGGAGGGCAAGACACUGGCUGGGAUGUUGGAUUUCCUUAGCAAGGAGCUCGUUCGACUGACGGAUGAGAGGAAAGCGCAUGCUUUUGCACUACUCGCGGAAAGAGAAAGAGCCAAAAGACAGGCAGAGGAGGCUGGUAGAAGACAAUUGGAAGAACAACGUCGCAGAGAGCUUGAUGAAAUGUUUAGACAAAUCGUUAAAGUUAAUCAGGAUUCGGUCGAGCUCUAUUUAGAGGAUAUAAUAAAGGAAGGCAUUGAGUGGGCUUCGGAUGCUCAAGCUUGGGAGUUCAUACUUGAUACAGUGGACAAAAUGGACAAGGCCUCUUGUUCUAUAGAUGAAAAUGCUCGUGAUCUGGUCGAGGAGGAAAUGGUUUCAAAUAUGAUUUAUAACUUUGUUCUUCCCGAUGUCGAAAAACAAAUUGUGAGAAAGAAAAUGCGAGAGCGUCAAUCGACUUACCUGAGGAGUGCGCAUGAUGCUAUUUAUCAUCAUAUGUUAGAGUUACCACCUAUUGAAAGAAGUUAUGUUGAACUGCAAUCGGAGUAUGAAUUGACAGAGCAAAGUGAAAAAGAAGAGAAACCAGUUCACUAUCGUAGAAUCGAAGGAACAGAAAGUGAGACAAGCGUCGAUCGAAUGGGACAACAAAUUACCGGUGAAUGUGUUAGCUGGACGGAAACUCUAACCAGAGAGAUAUUGGAGGAUAUUAUCUGUCGCUCUGUACAUCCAGUUUCAGUAAGAUCGUCAGCCUCUGAAUCUUCCGGCUCCUCGCAUUCAAGUGAAUCUGACGCGAUAUCCAACAUCCUGGCAAGAAGUGACAAUGAAGACACUGAGAACUUGAACUGAAAAGAAUUCCUUCUUCAGAAACCAUUUCGUAGGUAUUUUAUUCGUAUAUUUUCUUAGGUGAUAUAGUUUAUUAUCAAUCAAAAUAGCAAGUAUAAAUAAUCAUGUGUGGAUCCUAAUUAUUUCGCUUUAUGUGAACUAAGAUUAGUAGUUUCUUGGACAGUCUAUACAAUAUUUUUCAUAUAAUAUCACUAUAUAACUUAUUUAGUGGUUUGUUGGGUCCUAAUGUAAGCUGCCAUUCGUUUCCUUAAAAUUUAGCUACAAUUCCGUCGCUUGGGUCUUGUUGAUGUUUCAAUGUUUAUCAAAAUAUGCUCAGCUACCUGGUAUUAACACUAAUCUUGUUAU